UGCACAAGAAUAAAUAACAGACACGCGCGAACACACGCAGCCACCAGCUCUUCAGCCUGACGGAGGUUAAAAUGCUGCUUUCCGACAUCAGCACUUCAUUUGGCAGUGAGAUUUAAUUCGCGGGCGAAUGACAUCAUAAUAUAAUGCGAAAUGUUUGGAUGACCUUCUCAUCUUAUCGGAAAGGGUAACGACAAUGUCUCCAGUUUCUCCAGUUUUAGUUCAGGCAGCAGGAAGCCACCAGCCAUAAGCAAAUCUUCAGUGCAGCCUGCCGGGUCGAAUGCCUUAAUUAUUAUCAUCAUCAUUAACUUCAUCAUGAAGGACUGUUUAUCACGGACUGCGUACUGGCCCCUGAUUCGCUUUCUGCUGCCACUGGCCAUAACUAAUAUAGCCAUAGACUUCGGGGAACAGGCUCUGAACAGGGGCAUUGCUUCUGUAAAAGAGGACAAGGUUGAAAUGCUGGCAAGCUAUGGUCUAGCAUACUCUCUUAUGAAAUUCUUCACUGGACCCAUGAGCGACUUCAAAAAUGUGGGACUUGUGUUUGUCAACAGUAAGAAGGAGAGAUCCAAGGCUAUCCUCUGCAUGGCUGUGGCUGGAGUUAUUGCCAUUAUCUUACACGUCCUCAUAGCUUACACCGAUCUAGGCUACUACAUUAUAAAUAAGCUCCAUCAUGUGGAUGAUUCAGUUGGAAGCAAGACUAGAAAAGCUUUCCUGUACCUCGCACUAUUUCCGUUAUUAGAUGCAAUGGCAUGGAUUCAUGCUGGGAUCCUCCUGAAACACAAGUAUAGCCUUCUAGUAGGAUCUGCCUCGAUAUCUGAUGUUGUUGCACAGAUAGUAUUUGUGGCGAUCCUCCUCCAGAGUAACCUGGAAUGUUUCGAGCCUCUUCUUAUCCCCAUUCUCGCUCUGUAUAUGGGAGCCCUUGUGCGAUUCACUAUAGUAGGACUUGGCUACUACUGCAAUGUUCAUGACAUCACCCCCGAAUCUACCAGCAUUGAUCAAGGGGGCGAUGUCACCAUAAAGAAGAUGCUUAGCUUCUGGUGGCCACUUGCGCUAAUUUUGGCCACUCAGCGCAUCAGCAGACCCAUCGUCAAUCUGUUUGUGUCACGGGACCUGAAAGGCAGCACUGCAUCAACUGAAGCAGUAGCAGUUCUCACAGCAACAUAUCCAGUGGGUCACAUGCCCUACGGCUGGUUGACAGAACUACGUGCAGUGUAUCCAGCUUUCGAUAUGAAUAACCCUACCAAUAAGUUGGCCAGUGGGAUGAUGGUCACCAAAUCACAUAUCAAGAAGUUCACCCUCUGCUGUUUUAUUCUCUCCUUAGCGAUGUGUUUCAUUGUAUUCUGGAGCCCUCAUGUUUCUGAGCGUAUCCUGGUAGAUGUCAUUGGAGUUGAUAUGGACUUUGCAGAGCUCUGCAUCAUGCCACUGAGGGUCUUUUCUUUCUUUCCUGUGCCAGUUACGAUUCGAGCUCAUCUGACGGGCUGGUUUAUGACGCUAAAGAAAACGUUUGUGCUGGCACCAAGUUCAGUUCUGCGCAUCAUUGUGCUCAUCACCAGUCUUCUCGUGUUGCCUUAUAUGGGGAUUCAUGGUGCUACACUUGGCGUGGGGUCUUUAUUAGCAGGAUUUGUGGGGGAAUCUACAAUGGUUGCAAUUGCUGCCUGCUAUGUUUAUCGAAAACAGAGGAAAACCCCAGAAGCAGAAGUGGUUGUCGAGAACAAUUCAACGCCGAUCACUGAUGUCGCUUCCAGAGCAGAGCUGGAUGUCAUUGCUGAGGUUGGGGAUGAGGAAACUGAAAGAUCAGAUUAGUGAUUCAUUUGGAUAUGCUGAAGAAGAGGUGGACAUUUGCAGCAAUUCAUGGAUUUUUGUUGACAACUACUUUAUUUUGUUCUAUUAAUAUCUUGGUUUCUACAAUCUCUGGAACUGUCAGAUUGACUGCUGCUGCUUGUAUGAGGAAGCAGGAGCAGAUUUGCAUGUCUACAACAUACAGUACGCACUCCUGCACUUUUUGCAUAUUUACACACAGACGUCUUCCAAAGUUCUGACACUCGCAUCUGAAUAUAAAUCUUUUUUUUUUUUGGAGAACGAAUACAUUAAAAUGGACUUGAAAUCUGUUUUAGUGACACAACUGUUACCUGCUGAACUUUGGCUGAGAGACGUGUUUUCCUCUUGCCUUGAGACGCACAAUAAAUAUUUACACCUUGAGUGAAUUAUAA